AUGGAGGCACCGAAGACAAUAGAGCACCAAAUCGGAGGAGUCCAAAACGAUGCGCUUCGAUUUGGACUUCAAGGCGUCAAGAGCGACCUCGUUGGCUCUCACCCUCUCGAAUCUGCUUACGAAUCGGCAAAGAUGAAGCAGGAGCAGAUUAAUAGGAAAGUCUUGGGAUACACUUAUGGAAGUGCGUUUCCACUGAAGAUGGAUCUCGAAAGGCAAAUCCUUUCUCGAUUUCAGAGGCCUGCUGGAGCAAUUCCUUCAUCAAUGCUGGGUUUGGAGGCUAUGACUGGAAGGUUGGAUGAUUUUGGCUUUGAGGAUUACCUGAAUGACCCUCGUGAAUCUGAAACCCUCCGGCCUGUAGACACACAUCAUGCAAUGGAAGUUCGCCUCGGGCUGUCAAAGGGUCCAGUCGCCCCAAGUUUUAUGUGA